ACCGGUACCAGCGUUGGACCAGUCGCUGUACGCUACUCUUCGGUUUAGUGGGCCCCCCUUCUCAUCCACCAUUUUGGCUUCUCUGUAGUUGGUCAGCCUUUUCGCCUCCUCUCUCGUGCUUCUCCCCAGACAUUCGCCAUUUUGACAACGACAACCACCAGGCGCACGCACUUUUGUCUGCCCCUGUCGUCUUUUUACCCCAAACUCUCUUCAGCACACUAUCAACCUGCAACACGCCCCCUAUACUACGCGGACAAGGUUCAUUCUUAUACCUUCAGCAGCCCCUACACCCUGUUCUAGCCCACGGUUCGCUCGAACCUUGAACUAAGCUCAGAGCACGCCAUACUUCUGCAACACCGCCUCACAACCGACCAACAGAUGCGCUGCUGACGCUGACGACCGACGGCCGCACACCAUAAUUUAUACCCUACCAUUCCUACGCGGCGCCAAAUCCCGCUCCCUCUCUCUCCCAAUGGCAGAUUUAUCCACGCUCGACGGCCCUCUGCCGUCUGAUACUUUCGACCAUAAUGUGACAGCCGCUGCGGAUUCUGACGAUAUUACACUUUCUCUGCAACAGCAGUUGCCAAAAGCAAACCAGCCGCUGCGAGACAACUGCGACCGUAGACGACCCGAAGACGAUAUCCCCCGACGCAUCAAGAUGCCCUCCGACCUGGUUGGCAAAACAGUCAGCCCAUUCCUCAAAGAACAUAUUCCCACUAUCUAUGCCCCAGUAGGGAAGGAAGAGGGAAAAGGCCACAACGCCAACGUGCGUCCGAGAGACGGUAACACUCGCUUUUGCUACCGCCAUCAGCCCGACUCCAAGUGCCGCAGAACCGCCGACGAGUCUAAGAUGGGUCUGAUUCAAAGGGAUCUGAACAGUCUCCCUGCUGCCGACCAAGAAGCCAUCACACAUGUCUGGUCGCUCUUCUCAGCCGCCCCCGCUAAGCACAGAGAGUUGAUGCUUCAGGGCAUCAUUACACAAUGUUGCUUCCCCCAACUUUCGACAGUAGCUCGCGAGGUACAAGAACAACUCAAGAUUGAUUUCCUAAGCGCCCUUCCCGCCGAACUCUCCUAUAAAAUCCUCUGCAAUCUCGACACCGUCUCCCUCUGCAAAGCAGCACAGGUUAGCCGACGCUGGCGGGAUCUGGCCGACGACGACGUUGUCUGGCAUCGAAUGUGCGAACAGCACAUUGACCGCAAAUGCACCAAGUGUGGUUGGGGACUGCCUCUUCUUGAGAAGAAGAAGCUCAAGGCCUGGAGCCGCCACCAACAGAUUGCACACCCCCGCGAGGAAGAAGAGACGGCCGAUACUGCUACCCAAGAAGGCUCGAAUAAGCGUGCCAUUGUUGCGCAAGACGGUCCUGCUAAGCGACCUCGCCUCCAUGGCCAUAGCCACUCACAGUCUCAACUUGAUGAGGAGCGCAAAUUCAGACCUUGGAAGGACGUAUACCGUGACCGAUUCAAGGUCGGCUAUAACUGGAAGACGGGUCGCUGCGCAAUCAAGACGUUCCGUGGCCACGAUAACGGUAUUACUUGUCUACAGUUUGACCAGAGCAUACUGGCUACAGGCUCAUACGACACUACUAUUAAGAUUUGGAAUAUUGAGACGGGAGAGGUUAUCCGAACCUUGACCGGCCACACAUCGGCUGUCCGAACUCUCCAGUUUGAUGAUGGCAAACUUAUCAGCGGCAGCUUGGAUAAGACGAUUAAGAUUUGGAACUGGCAGACGGGUGAAUGCUUGAGCACUCUACAAUGCCACACCGAAGGCGUCCUGUCUGUCCAUUUCGAUGGCUGCAUGCUAGCCUCUGGAUCCAUUGACAAGACUGUCAAGAUCUUUAGUUUCCGCAACAAGCAGACCUUUACCCUUCGCGGACAUACAGACUGGGUGAACCAUGUCCGCAUGGACUCAGCCUCCCGUACCGUAUUCUCUGCAUCGGAUGACUUGUCUGUGAAGCUUUGGGACCUUGACUCGAAGCAGUGCAUCAAGACGUUCCAUGGCCACGUCGGACAGGUGCAACAAAUAUUGCUCAUGCCUGCAGACUUUGAGCCGGAUGAGGUUCCAUGCAACGAUGCCCACGACACCGCGUCGGUUCACAGUGGCCGAUCAGUGAGCCCAACACCGUCCCCGGAUCAAUCCAAAGAGGACCGAGCUGCCUUUGGUUCAGCAUUUGUAUCAGACACCUCGCGCCCUCUCCCUCCCCGCUAUAUGCUUACUGGUGGACUGGAUAACACAGUUCGUCUAUGGGAUAUUGCUACUGGAAAAUGCAUUCGCAGCAUGUUUGGUCACGUUGAAGGCAUCUGGGGCCUAGUAGGAGACACUCUACGAGUUGUUACUGGAGCUAACGACUCCAUGACUAAGAUCUGGGAGCCACGAUCUGGAAAGUGUGAGCGCAGCUUUACUGGACAUUCGGGUCCUGUCACCUGCGUUGGCCUAAGCGACAGCCGAAUGGCUAGCGGUAGUGAAGAUGGUGAAGUCCGACUUUACAUGUUUGAAGCGGAGACCACAGAAGAACGAGGUACGCCGUCGUAGAGACGAGUCGUCCUUGGAAACACACUAGACCUUGGCGGUGAUUUAGCUGCCUAGGAUGUGUUUGUAUUGCAGGUACUGCUCUACGCUGAGCAUUACCUGUAGGUAUAUUUGAUGAUGUAUAUUUGCUAGAUUUGAUGAUGAGCUGCAUUUGUUUUCCUUUCGGCGCAAGGUUUUGGGAUUUGGAAGAACGGAAUGAAUGGCGUUUUGAAUUUAGGAUAGAUUUCGCAUUGCGGCUAUUAGCAUAGCGCCUCUCACGCGAGCAAUGUUGUUGUUUACAAUAAUGAUAUAUAUUUAGAAGACUUUGAGGUUAUCAUCUGCACCAGUGAAUAUGAUGACUG